GUAUUUUUUGACAAGUAUGUGACAAGUUUCGAAUAAAAUAGUUACGAAUGACGCCUUGUGUUCCGUACACACGACAUUUGCCGAUAGGAUAAGAGUGGUGUGAGAAACAUAGCUUGCCAAAAUAGGUGUAAUUGUUUAAAGUUUCAGAGUCUGGUAAAUCUGGGUAAUACUGUGUGUCACGUGGCGAGCAAUCUUGACUGAAAUAUUCGCCUGAGCACCAUAGUAUUCUAAGUUUGACAAUGGCAUCGGUGGACGAAGGUCAAUUUAGUGAUGCGGAUGAAGAACCGAUAGAAAAAACGAAUCGUGGAAAAUCCAUGAUCAUUCCCGAAUUGACCGUUGAAGUAGGAGAGUUGCAAAUAGACGUUGAAGACUACACAGAGUAUGACUCUGAGGAUGAUUCAUACGAUUGGGAUAUGGAUACUAAAGGCAACUACCAGCUGAAAAACAAUGGCCAUUCAAACGGAACAUCCAACAGUCAGAUGGCAAGCAACAAAGUUUCCAACUACCAGCCUACUGAUAAAUUAUUUCGACGUUACUCCAAUAAAAUAAAUGUUGAAAAAUAUGAGGGACCCAGUUUGCCCGGUCAUGCAGCUAAUUUACUUAUCGAAAGUAACAAACGUAGUGAAAAUGAACGAAUAAGAACAAAGGACAAACAUGACAGAGCAACUGCGGAACAAGUUAUGGAUCCACGUACACGUAUGAUUUUAUUCAAACUGCUCAAUAGAGGUAUAAUAGCUGAAAUAAAUGGUUGUAUUUCAACGGGAAAAGAAGCCAAUGUUUAUCAUGCCACCUCUAAAACUGGCAUUGAAUUUGCGAUAAAAAUCUACAAAACAUCAAUACUAGUGUUUAAGGAUAGAGACAAGUAUGUAAGUGGUGGAUUUCGUUUCCGUCAUGGUUACUGUCGUCACAAUCCACGUAAAAUGGUUCGUACUUGGGCAGAGAAAGAAAUGCGGAAUUUAUUGAGGCUCAGUCAGGCAGGUGUAUCUGCUCCGAAACCAAUUUUAUUGCGCAGCCAUGUUCUCCUGAUGGAUUUCAUAGGUAACGAUGGAUGGCCAGCACCAAAGUUGAAAGAUGUUGAAAUAAAUUCUUCAAAGGCCCGAUCGCUUUACAGAGAGUGUAUCGUUAUGAUGUGGAGAAUAUACAACAAAUGUAGAUUAGUUCAUGCUGAUUUAAGCGAGUUUAAUUUACUUUAUCACAAAGGAGAGAUUGUUGUCAUAGAUGUAUCCCAAUCAGUUGAACAUGAUCAUCCUCAUGCGUAUGAAUUUCUCCGAAAAGACUGCACAAACAUCACAGAAUUUUUCAAGAAACAUGGAGUUGCAGUCAUGUCGAUGAAAGAAUUAUUUGACUUCAUCACGGAUCCUAAUAUAGUUGAAGAAACGAUGGACGAGUACUUAGAUGCAUUAGCAGAACAAAUUAUACUAAGAGAAUCAGAGGAAAUGGAUCCCAACAGUCAAAUAGAAGAACAAGUUUUUAAACAAACAUAUAUACCUCAAAGGCUCAAUGAGGUUGUUAAUGUUGACAAAGAUAUAUCUGAAGCUAAUACCGGAGAGCAAAAUUUGUUAAGGAAAACUGUGUGUGGACUGAGCAUUGAUUUACCCAAGGCAGCAACUGUCACCCCAGACAUUAUUUCAACCAAAAGUCAUGACGACAGCCACACAGAAGAAAGCGAAGAGGAUGUAUCUGAAUCUGAGGCAGAGUCACAAAACAACGAUGAAUCGAAAUUUGUCAACUCAGCUCGGCCACGAAAUGAAAGUCCUGACAGCAAAAAGGCACGAAAAAAAGCUAUCAAAGAGCAAAAAGCUGAAAAUCGUCAAAAGAAAACCAAGAAGCACGUGAAAAAAAGAAAAGAGAAGAUGUUGAAAAAGAAAUAGACACUAAAUAAAUCCUUGUACAAUGUUUGAUUCUUGUGUCAGCAUUAUAAUUGUAUAUUCCACUCAAAAACUGCUGGAUGUAAAUAGAAAGUAAUGCAAUUAAAACCGCUCCAUAAACCUCAUCAAUCAUGUUCCGUUGACUAUACACCAGUCAUUUUGACCUUAUUUGUCAUAUUGACUUUUGGACUUAACUACGUACACGGAACCGAAGGUAAACGAUGAACUGAAAAAACCAGUCUUUAUUGAGUAAUUUAUAAAACAACAAUACUUUUGAAGCAUCCCAUAUCGAAAAAAUGUACUAUACGUUACUUUUUUUUAAAUACUUAUAAUAAAUUUUUUUUAAUGCUAAAAUUUUUCGCUAAUAUUUACAUUUUACUGCUGUCACAUACUGAGCACAUAGAGAUAGUCAUACAGCUAACAUAGUUUGAAAUAAUGGUGUCCAAAACUUUCCAAAGUAUUGAUUAUUAUUAUUAUAAUACCCACCUAUUAAAUAAAUGAAAACUUGAAGAUAAUCGUAAUUCUGUGAAAACAGAAAAUACGGCAAGAUCCUUCGUGAUCUUAAAAAACUAUAAUUAUAACUAAACACAGCAGAAAACAGAGAAAACGUGAUUCCUUCUUUACAAUCAUAGGGUUUGUUGUAAUGCUCAUAUACUGAAGUUCGAUAUUGAAUACAUGGGAACAUAAUAUAAUUUUCUCAGUACAUCAGACUAUUCGAUAAGCGAAAUAUACCUGUAUGACUCGCAAACCGGUACGUUGAUAAUUAGAUAAAUAUAUCUUGGAAAA